AUGUCCCUCGCUGAGAUUCCAAGUAGCCUUGAAGCUAUUCAAAAUGAAAAAUCGUAUGACCCCCGUCAGAGCGAAAGGUUUCAUCUUUACCCUAGAGACAGGAUAGAGGCACUCGCAACCACGUCGGGGCUAAUAGGUUUAAUGACUGGAUUUUAUGAUGGAGUGCAAAAAGCUGCCGCAAGAUACCUACUUGAAAAUGGACAUCGUUUACCCAAGACCAAAGGAGGAUGGUACUUUUAUCACAAAAGGAAGAAUUAUGAAAUCAUUGUGGGCGGGACGUCAGCGGGGAUCAAACAAGGUUUAAAGUAUGGUGGUGCUGUUGGAAGUUUGUUCCUACUUGAGUAUGGCUUGGAUUAUGUGCGAGGACAGAUUGAUUUCGUAAACACUACGGUUGCCGCUCUCAUAGGCACAACAGUUUACACUAGAUUUCAACAUUUGAGUCGAUUGCAGACUAGAAAAAUGAUCAUUAGAGGAACUACAACCGGAUUACUUUUGGGAAUAAUACAAGAUACUCUAAUAUAUGCAAGGCUGGGACAUAUAUGGUAUAUUGAUGAAUAUAAACGUCGAUUCAAGUGA